AUGGCGUGCCCUUCUUUGAAGGAUGUUCUGGAUGAGGAAGCCCUAAUCAUCAGACAAGCAUUUAGGCGUGAGAGAGUCUUCCGGGACAGGUCGGACCCUUUGGCUUUUGAAGAUGACCAUCUCAUUGAGAGGUAUCGAUUCUCGGCCGAUGGACUGAGAUAUUUAUGUAGGCUGCUGGGGCCAAAAAUACAGCACCAGACAGCACGAAGCCAGGCCCUCACUGUUCCACAGAUGGUCUGUGUUAAACUGAGGUUCUUUGCAAUUGGGAGCUUCCUUUAUUCUGUUGGGGAUGCAGAGAACCUCAAUAAAAGAACCAUGUGCCGCACGAUAAGACGUGUUUGUCUGGUGCUGAAGUCUCUUGUGCAUGUAUUCAUAACCUUCCCUGGCCACAGAAGACCCCUAUACAUUAAGGAGGAGUUCUACAAGAUUGCAGCUUUCCCUAAUGUCAUUGGUGCAGUGGAUUGCACUCAUGUCAAAAUCAAACGGCCAUCAGGGGAACACGAGGGGGACUUCAUUAACAGAAAAUCUUUCCACAGCAUCAAUGUUCAGAUGAUCUGUGAUGCUGACUGCCUUAUCAGCAAUGUAGAGGCUCCCCGAGUGGCAAUUGAUGUUGAAUUCCCAUUCAACAUCAAUUGA